CAAAUUUACAAUGGAAAGUGAAAUAACGAAACCGGCGUUCAAGAAGAAAAACCUGUCCGAAGUAAAUCCCAUCAUGGGAAAGAAAAGGCAAUGGAAAUCCUUGAAGCAGAUCCUAGCCCACGAAAAAACACUGCCCUGGAAGGAAACAGAUAUUACAUAUUCUUCCGUAAAUGCACCACCAUCACUAAAACCGGCGAAGAAAUAUUCCGACAUUUCCGGGCUGAUUGCACCUUACACGGAUCCACACUCGAAGCUGCGAUACCAUAAUGUGGAAGAGUAUCAAACAAUCCGCACCUUUCCGAUGGAUCUCACUGCCGGUUACCUCGCGCUAAGAGGUGCUACCAGUAUCGUUUAAAU